AUGGCACCGCUUCCCAUCAAGUUCACAGAACUGGUCAAUUUGACCAAUGUUGGCAUUGCGCAACAAUCCAUUGGCUUCUCCUCAUGUACUCUCGAAUCGGAUCACUAUGUCUGUGUUCGUCAAAAGCUCGAGGAGGACGACAAGCCCCAGGUUAUCAUCGUCGACCUGAAGAACAACAAUGAGGUGAUGCGGCGGCCGAUCAACGCUGACAGUGCGAUCAUGCACUGGAGCAAGAACAUUAUCGCCCUCCGCGCCCAGGGCCGGACAAUCCAGAUCUUCGACCUUGCAGCCAAGUCAAAGCUCAAGUCCGCCGUUAUGAAUGAAGAUAUCGUCUACUGGAAGUGGCUCAGCGAAAAGUCACUGGGUCUGGUUACCGAUACCGCAGUUUACCACUGGGAUGUCUAUGAUGCUUCCCAGGAGAACCCGGUGAAGAUGUUCGACCGUCUUCCCAAUCUUUCCGGAUGCCAAAUCAUCAACUACCGCGUCAACUCGCAAGAUAAAUGGAUGGUUGUUGUUGGUAUCAGCCAACAGCAAGGUCGCGUCGUCGGAUCUAUGCAGCUCUACUCCAAGGAGCGCGGUAUUUCACAGUUCAUUGAGGGCCACGCCGCUGCCUUCGCCGAUAUCAACGUUGAGGGCUCUCCUUUACCCCACCACCUCUUUACAUUCGCCGUACGCACUGCGACCGGUGCCAAGCUGCAGAUUGCCGAGAUCGACCACCAAGAACCCAACCCACGAUUCCAGAAGAAGGCCGUCGAAGUGUACUUCCCCAGCGAAGCCGUCAAUGACUUCCCCGUUGCGAUGCAGGUAUCAUCCAAAUACGAUGUUGUCUACCUGGUGACGAAGUAUGGAUUCAUUCACCUUUACGAUCUUGAGACCGGUACUUGUAUUUUCAUGAACCGAAUUUCCAGCGAGACCAUCUUCACCACCGCCUCUGAUAUGGAUGGACAGGGCCUGGUUGGUGUCAAUCGCAAGGGUCAAGUUUUGUCAGUCAGCGUCGACGAGGGUACCAUCAUCGAAUACCUCAUGAACAACCCCGCCAUGUCUUCUCUUGCUGUGAAGCUUGCUUCUCGGGCGGGUCUCCCGGGUGCUGAUCACUUGUAUCAGCAACAAUUCGACCAGCUCAUCAGCACCGGUCAAUUCGCCGAGGCUGCCAAGGUUGCUGCAAACUCCCCUCGUGGAUUCCUUCGUACUACGGAAACCAUCAACCGUUUCAAGAGCGCUCCUCAAGAGGGUAACAUGUCCGUCAUUCUUCAGUACUUCGGUAUGCUUCUGGACAAGGGUUCGCUCAACCGCUACGAGAGUGUGGAGCUUGUUCGUCCCGUCUUGCAGCAGAACCGCAAGCACCUGCUGGAAAAGUGGAUGCGCGAGAAUAAGCUGGAGUCUUCGGAAGAGCUUGGAGACAUCAUUCGCCCAUACGACAUGGCUCUGGCCCUGAACGUCUACCUUCAGGCCAACAUUCCCAACAAGGUUGUCGCCGGCCUCGCCGAGACUGGUCAAUUCGACAGGAUUCUUUCCUACUCCAAGGAGGCCAACUACCAGCCCGACUACACCCAGCUCCUGCAACACAUUGUCCGUGUCAACCCCGAGAAGGGAGCCGAGUUCGCUACUCAGCUCGCCAACGAGGAGGGCGGCGCUCUCGUUGAUCUUGACCGUGUUGUGGAUGUGUUCCUCUCCCAGAACAUGAUCCAGCAGGCCACCUCCUUCCUCCUCGAUGCCCUCAAGGACAACAAGCCCGAGCACGGCCACUUGCAGACUCGCCUUCUGGAGAUGAACCUUGUCAAUGCUCCUCAGGUCGCAGACGCCAUUCUAGGCAAUGAGAUCUUCACUAACUAUGAUCGCGCUCGCAUCUCUCAACUUUGCGAGCAAGCCAAUCUCAUUCAGCGCGCCUUGGAGAACUCCGAUGACCCCGCUGUGAUCAAGCGCAACAUUGUUCGCACUGACAUGCUGACUCCCGACUGGUUGAUCAACUACUUCGGUCGCCUGUCUGUGGAACAGACCCUCGAGUGCAUGGACACCAUGCUCGAGAACAACAUCCGCCAGAACCUGCAGGCUGUCGUUCAGAUUGCUACCAAGUUCUCUGAUCUCAUUGGACCUAACCGUUUGAUCGACCUUUUCGAGAAGUACCGUACCGCCGAGGGUCUCUACUACUACCUGGGAAGUAUUGUCAACCUCAGCGAGGAUGGCGAGGUGCACUUCAAGUACAUCGAAGCCGCCACUGCCAUGAGCCAGCUCACCGAGGUCGAGCGGAUUUGCCGUGAGAGCAACUACUACAACCCCGAGAAGGUUAAGAACUUCCUCAAGGAGGCUCACCUGUCUGAGCAGCUCCCUCUCAUUAUUGUCUGCGACCGUUUCAACUUCAUCCACGACCUUGUUCUCUACCUGUACCAGAACCAGCAGUUCAAGUCUAUCGAGGUCUAUGUCCAGCGCGUGAACCCCUCUCGUGCUCCCGCUGUUGUUGGCGGUCUGUUGGAUGUUGACUGCGAGGAGAGCAUCAUCAAGAACCUCCUGUCCACCGUUGAUCCGUCGGUCAUCCCCAUUGAUGAGCUCGUUACCGAGGUUGAGAGCCGCAACCGUCUCAAGCUGCUGCUGCCCUUCCUCGAGGCUACCCUUGCCACUGGUAACCAGCAGCAAGCUGUCUACAACGCCCUCGCCAAGAUCUACAUUGAUAGCAACAAUGAUCCCGAGAAGUUCCUGAAGGAGAACGACAUGUACGACACCUUGACUGUCGGAAAGUACUGUGAAAAGCGUGACCCCAACCUGGCCUACAUUGCCUACCGCAAGGGCCAGAACGACCUGGAGCUCAUCAGCAUUACCAACGAGAACGCUAUGUACCGUGCCCAGGCCCGCUACCUUGUUGAGCGUGCGGACCCCGAGGUCUGGACUUUUGUCCUCAGCGAGAACAACAUCCACCGCCGUUCGCUUGUUGACCAGGUCGUUGCCACUGCUGUCCCCGAGUCCACCGAGCCCGACAAGGUUUCCGUGGCUGUUAAGUGCUUCCUUGAUGCCGAUCUCCCCGGCGAGCUUAUUGAGCUUCUCGAGAAGAUCAUUUUGGAGCCUUCGCCAUUCAGCGACAACGCCAGCCUGCAAAACCUGCUGAUGCUGACUGCUGCUAAGGCUGACAAGGGUCGUCUGAUGGACUACAUUCACCAGCUCAACGAGUUCUCUGCUGAUGAAAUUGCUGAGAUGUGUAUCAGUGUUGGCUUGUAUGAGGAGGCUUUCGAGAUCUACAAGAAGGUCAACAACUUCCUGGCCGCUGCCAAUGUCCUUGUUGAGAACAUCGUCAGCAUUGACCGCGCUCAGGAGUUUGCCGAGCGUGUUGAGCUGCCUGACGUCUGGAGCAAGGUUGCCAAGGCCCAAUUGGAUGGUCUGCGUGUGUCUGACUCUAUCGAGUCGUACAUCCGUGCUGCUGAUCCCUCCAACUACAAUGAGGUUAUCGACACCGCCACCCACGCCGGCAAGGAUGAGGAUCUCGUCAAGUUCCUUCGCAUGGCUCGCAAGACUCUGCGCGAGCCGGCCAUUGAUACUGCCCUCGCAUUCUGCUUCGCCCGUCUGGACCAGCUUCCCGAACUUGAGGACUUCCUGCGCACCACCAACGUCGCUGACAUCGAAACCUCCGGUGACAAGGCCUACGAGGAGGGUUACCACCAGGCUGCCAAGAUCUUCUUCACCAGCAUCUCUAACUGGGCUAAGCUGGCCACCACUCUGGUGCACCUUGAGGAGUACCAGGCCGCCGUUGAGUGUGCCCGCAAGGCCAACAGCGUCAAGGUCUGGAAGCAGGUUAACGAGGCCUGCGUUGACAAGAAGGAGUUCCGCCUCGCCCAGAUUUGCGGUCUGAACUUGAUUGUUCACGCCGAGGAGCUUCAGGCCCUUGUGCGCCAGUAUGAGCGCAACGGUUACUUCGAUGAGCUGAUCUCCGUCCUGGAGGCUGGUCUCGGCUUGGAGCGAUCUCACAUGGGUAUGUUCACUGAGCUGGGCAUUGCUCUGUCCAAGUACCACCCCGACCGUGUUAUGGAGCACCUCAAGCUGUUCUACACUCGUCUCAACACCCCCAAGAUGAUCCGCGCUUGCGAGGAGGCGAACCUGUGGCCGGAGCUGGUCUUCCUGUACUGCCACUACGAUGAGUUUGACAACGCGGCUCUGGCUAUGAUGGAGCGUGCGGCCGAUGCCUGGGAGCACCACUCGUUCAAGGACAUCAUUGUUAAGGUUGCCAACCUGGAGAUCUACUACCGUGCCUUGACCUUCUACCUGCAGGAGCAACCCCUCCUCAUCACCGAUCUUCUGCAGGCCCUCACUGCCCGUAUCGACGUCAACCGUGUCGUCCGUAUCUUCCAGAGCUCCGACAACAUUCCUUUGAUCAAGCCCUUCCUGCUCAACGUCCAGACCCAGAACAAGCGCGCGGUCAACGACGCCAUUAAUGAGCUUCUGAUCGAGGAGGAGGACUACAAGACCCUCCGUGAUUCCGUUGACAACUACGACAACUUCGACGCUGUUGAUCUGGCUGUGCGCCUGGAGAAGCACGACCUGAUCUUCUUCCGCCAGAUUGCCGCCAGCAUCUACCGCAACAACAAGCGUUGGGAGAAGUCUAUCGCCUUGUCCAAGCAGGAUAGGCUAUACAAGGAUGCCAUUGAGACCGCUGCCAUCUCAACCAAGCCCGAGAUUGUGGAGGAGCUCCUUCGCUACUUCGUCGAUAUCGGAAGCCGCGAGUGCUACGUUGGCAUGCUGUACGCCUGCUACGAUCUCAUCCGCCCUGACGUGAUCAUGGAGAUCUCAUGGCGCAAGGGCCUGCACGACUUCACAAUGCCGUUUAUGAUCAACUUCCUCUGCGAGCAGACUCGUGCGAUCGAGACACUAAAGAAGGAUAACGAGGAGCGCAAGUCCCGCGAGACGACCCACACAACCGAUCAGGACAACACCCCGAUCCUGGGUGGCUCUCGGCUGAUGCUGACCCAGGGCCCCGGUGGUCCCGCUCCGGCCAGCCCAUACGGACAAGCUAACGGGAUCACCCCCGCAAGCUACGGGAUACCGCGCGUUCUAGAGAAAGAGAGACCCGGGUAA